AUGCCCAUGGACAUCCACGCCAUACCCUUCCCCACCACCCAUCACGUCGAAGAUUCCCAGCUCGCCGACAAAAGGCCCUCCGUCCCGCCCCGCCUCCAUUCCACCCCUUCCCUUCCUAACCUCUGGCUUCCCCAUCACUACGGCUCUCUCGUGCCUCCCGUCCUCUCGCCCGGCACCACUAGACGUCCUCAUCUCAGGCCGCUCGAUCUCGCGUCAUCUCCGUCGACGUCGCCCACCACUACAGAGAGCUCUGACUCUAGCCGUAGGCCGCCGGCGCUGCUCACGCCCCCUCUAACGCCCUCCUCAUUCACCUCCCACAUUCAAGACACGCCGUCGACUCUUUGCGACCCGCUCACGCCCCCGCGCUGGGCCCCUGCCGAACACGGCCUCAAGAAGUCUCCAUCCACCCUAGCAUAUCCCUCUGGCCUUGCAACUGUCAUGAGCGCAGCCAAGCUCGAGAACGCUCACCAGAUGGGUUAUCUCACGCCCACUAGCGCCCGUUCACACUCGCAUUCCUCGUCCGACGAAGACGCCGUGGCUGCUGGCGACGGGCAGGCCUACGACAUCACCUCUCUGGCUUCUGGCCUCGCUGGCGUGGAUAUAACUCCGCGGGACGAGCGCCCACUUCAGGCCGAUGGCUAUGAUGCUAUGUCAGAGUUGGAUUUUGGAGAGACGUCCAGCGAGCAUCCCACGAGGCUACUUCUGGUGCGCAACGUCCCUGCAUCCGCUCCCACGAGCGCUUUGCUGGAAGUAUUUCAUGGCUUUGGGGACGUCAAGGGUAUCCAAGUCCGCUUUCAGCAGUCUCACGGAGUUGCGAUCCUCGCCUUCUAUGACACCAGGCAUGCGGGGCGCGCCAUGCGGCAAAUAUCCGGGAAACGAAUCUCAACCUUGUCUGACGUCUGUCUGACGCUAGCUUUCAUGGACCCUGCCCAGGUCCAAAAGUUCUUUGGAAAGUCGGACUUCGUGAGCGAGUUGGACGGCGCCUUCCGCAUAACGGUAGAAGGUCGUUCGGUUGUCCCGCACGAUGUGCGAACGCUGUUCGCAUCCUUUGGAGAGCUUGCGUCCUUCAGUGGGGUCGGGGCGCAUCCUCACGACCAGACUUUCCACGUCGAGUAUCACGAUUGCAGGGAUGCAGCCAACGCUCGCAAAGCGCUGAACAAUCGCAUGAUUUUCGGUGCUCGCUUGGCAUUUGCCCCGAAUACUCUUCACGGCGGUCUCCCAUCAUCCCCUCAGCAGAUGGGUUACCCAUCCUCAUUGGACGUCAACGACCAAACCGGUGCGACCGAUCGCACACGACCUCGAAGCGUCAGUGCAAGCGACGGCUCGGGCGGUAAUGAUAUAGCGAGGAGAACGCAUGGCAUCGACGACGGCUGUCAAGAUCAUGGCCGCCGCUCAUCGAACCAUCUUUUCUUCGACGCCGUCGGAAAGGCGUUCGAAGUCUCUCACGUUGUACCUCCGCGACCACGCAGCAUCAGCGCCAGUGCCGACGACCUCGCGGGACUACCCAAAAUGCAGGCGCCCCCGGGAUACUUCAACGGGCCUCCCAUCCCGUACGGAUACCCCGAUAGCCCUUACGUGUACGGAUCACCUGGUCCGGUCCCAUUCCACCCCCAUCCGUUCCAGUAUCCUGUCUACGGCCAUGACUCUACUGGGUAUCGGUCUCGUGACGGCGAAACUGCCAGCAACGCUUACUGGACGUACACGGCUCCUCACCUAUCCCAAGUCGACUACUUGAUCCCUCCUGGUCCCCGUGGUCCAGCGUAUACGUCUCCCUGUGCUCCACCUACCCGACCUUCCCCGAGCGUCGACACUAUCUUCGCUAGCCCUUCGUCCUCUCCCCCUCGUCCCGUCUAUGGUGGCCGCCAACCGUCGACCCCUCAAGGAAACAGGACAGCCGAUCUCUCUCAAGCUGGUGGGCGCUCGCCCGGAGCGAAGAAUGUCUUGGACAUUGGGGCAAUAGAGAACGGAACGGACACACGCACAACGGUCAUGAUCAAGAACAUCCCGAACAAGAUGACCGACAAGGAUCUGAAGGCCUUCAUUGACAAGGUCUGCCCUCGUCGCAUCGAUUUCAUGUACCUUCGUAUGGACUUCCAAAACGGGUGCAACGUAGGCUACGCUUUUGUCAACUUCAUCACGGUCCAAGACCUUCUCCACUUCGCCAAAACCCAGAUUGGUGUCAAAUGGAACAUGUACUCGAGCGAGAAAACCUUGCACAUGUGCUACGCUACAUACCAAGGGAAGGAGUCUCUGGUGGAGAAGUUCAAGAACUCUUGUAUCAUGGACGAGAAGGAAGCGUGGCGCCCGAAGAUUUACUACUCCGACGGUUCUAAUCAGGGUCUGCACGAACCGUUCCCUGCCCCCACCCACCUUCGACGAAAGGAACGCAGUCAGCACAACCGCGGAGCGCUCUUCGUUCCUGGAACUCAUCAUCAUCCCUCUGGCGGUGGGGGUCUGUACCAUCAUCGUCCCCAUCCACCUCGCAUGACCAGCCGCCCUUAA